AAGCGAGGACUCGCAUCACAGGCUCAGUUGACGCGGCGCUGGGAGCUCGCGGGCACAACAGAAAGAGGGCCCUGAAGGCAUGGAGCAGAGGGUCCGCUCCUGAAGAGCACCUUUCUGCAGCACGGCGGCAUCACGAUGAGCCCACCAUCCUCUGCUUCUGUCGCCAUCUACCUACCGACCUAUCUAUCGCCAUGGUGAGAGAGAGCGCUCCUGGACCUUGACUCUGUUGCCAUGGUGACCCUGUAGUGAGCACCCUAUGACUCCAAUCUGUGAACCGGUGAUCAUAUUAAAAGACCCAGGUAACUUUUCCAAUAUGCUGCCAUGGUGACGCUGUAGAGACUCCCUUUAAAGUCAGAGUCAGUUGCUAUGGUGAUCCUGUAGCAAGCAACAGUCACUAUGGGAACGUCCAGGAUGUUCCGUGUCUUUGUGGUCCUGGGCUCGGCCUUCAUGAUCCUUCUGAUCAUCAUUUACUGGGACGACGUCGGAGCCUCCCAUCUGUAUUUGCACACUCCCGUCUCGCCGGGCCCCAAAAUCCCACAUCCGCCGCCGCCUCCUCCUCAUCGGCCUCAAACCUCCAGGACCCCGUCCUUCCUGUCAGACAUUGACGCUUUCGUGAACCAGUUCUUAGAGCCGGGAACUGGUGAGCCCACAGACCUCGCCCCCUCCGACGCAAGCAACCAAUCGGAGAAAGCAGAGGAACGGUAUGUGCCGCGGCGGGAGUGGAAGAUCCACCUGACUCCAGUGGCAGCCGAGCUCCGUGAGAGACAGGAGCAGCGGCGCAGGUUACUCCAGGAGAUGUGCGCCAAUGACAGCGUGGUGUUUCCUGGCAAAAACCGCUCCUUUGAUGACAUCCCCAACAGGGAGCUGGAUCACCUCAUCGUGGACGACAGGCAUGGAAUCAUCUACUGCUAUGUUCCCAAGGUAGCGUGCAGUAACUGGAAGCGCAUCAUGAUAGUCCUCAGUGAAAGCCUGCUGCGGGACGGCAUCCCCCAGAGAGACCCGCUGGCCAUCCCCAGGGACCUGGUCCACAACAGCAGCAUGCACUUUACCUUCAACAAGUUCUGGAAGCGAUACGGCAAGUUUGCGAGGCACCUCAUGAAGGUGAAGCUGAAGAAAUACACCAAGUUUAUUUUUGUGCGGGACCCCUUCGUGCGCCUCAUCUCCGCCUACCGUAAUAAAUUUGAGCUGCGCAACGAGGACUUCUAUCGGCGCUUCGCGCAGGUCAUGCUGCGCCGCUACGCCAACCAGCCGACACCCCCCGCCUCUGUGGACGAGGCGUUUGGCGUGGGCAUCCAUCCCUCCUUCUCCAACUUCGUCCAGUACCUCCUGGACCCUCAGACGGAGAAGGAGAUGCCCUUUAAUGAGCACUGGCGGCAGGUGUAUCGGCUUUGCCACCCAUGCCAGAUUCAGUACGACUUUGUGGGCCACCUGGAGUCGGCGGAGGAGGACGCCGAACACCUUCUGCGCCAGCUGCGGGUGGACAACGUGGUGGAGUUCCCCACCUCCCACAGGAACCUCACAGCCAGCAGCUGGGAGUCCGAUUGGUUCAGCACAGUGUCGGCCGAGGCUCGGAGAGAACUCUACAAGCUGUACGAACCGGACUUCAGGCUCUUUGGCUACGACAAACCAGACUCGAUCCUCAAUGAGUGACACACACACACACACACACACACACACGUUCUUUUUGACACCUCCGCUCAUUCUGGGGUUUGCAGCUGUAUCAUCGAGGUGUGUGUUUGUUUGUUUGUGUGUGUGUGUGUGUGUGUGUGUGUCCUUGUGUGUGUCCUUGUGUGUGUCCUCGCUGCUCAAAAGAAGCACACUAAUGAGGUGAAUCCAGGUUAAUAGCCAUUACCAACUGUUGUUUUCCUUUACAAAUCACAAAGAUAACGAGAAGCACACAAGCCGGUUGAGACGGUUGACGUGCCGAUUGUGCAAACGGCGCGUGUCCCGAACACGUUGUGCGUUCAAUGUGCGCCUCAACCCAGAACUCCACUCCAAGAGUCGAGCACCCCCUCCGACGUUGAUGUCACGCCACGGCCGUCGCUCGCGAUGUCACGGUUGAGCUGUGACGUACCGUGACGAUCACACUUACGGGCUUCGUAGCGGGACGGCGAAGCUGACGUCACCAUACCCUGCGUUUGUGUUGUCACGGAAACCCUUUUGGUCGUGACACGGAUGCAAUGUACAGGGAAAUGUGGGCGACGAGCGGAAAAAAAACAAGGUGUUACUAGAUUAGUUUUUAGAGUGCUAGUGGUCAUAUAAUUUAUUUCACGUUGUAAGUGCAAUGUUUAGGUGGAGGAUGGAAGAGAUUUUUUUUAAUGUAUGUUUAAAAAAAGACAUACUAACGACAGCUAUCGACAUUAGAGGAAGGUAGAAUUCCUUGAUACCUCACACACGGAUUAAGCCGACGGAUUCAUACUUGCACCGCCUUCACGGACGGACCCGACCGCUUCUUCAAGCCUGUGCAUUAGGUCACAUUAGUAGAAAACAAAUCAGACGACACGUCAUCAGCGUGCUUUCUUUAGUCCGCAUCAUCUCAUCACAGAGAAAGCACAGCGGCCGUGCGACCAGCUUUUUCUCGUCUCGUCUCCGAGGCGUCAAACUGGAGCUUCUACAUUCUAUUUUUUUUUCAUUUCAUCUCAGCUGGAUGCACGGAGGUGAGCCUCUGAGCCUCUUUAACAGCUUUCCAAAAGGGAACGUUAUCUUCUACCCGCUCGUUGUGUUAUUGUGGUAUCGUCCGCAUUUGAUCGCACGCAAACUGCCAUUUGGCCUACAUUGGGUAACCCUGGAGACUGCAGCACGGUGGGUUCACGGGCAUCUUGGAGUUAAGGAGCUGUGCACAUAAUGUGAUUUAUUUUUUGUUGAGCAUUUGCAGCGAGGAUCCAACACUCCACAAGUUGGGUCGAUGCAAGAUGAGUCGGGAUCAAUGGCGAUCGGAGCGUGUGAGAGGGAAGAUAAGACAGUGCCUUUUGGUUGCAAAAGUUUACACAGCAAAAAGUAUUUUUGUAGAAGGACUUAAUUUUUACUUUGAACUCAAUGCAGUGAGAACUAUAUGAAGCCACAAGGUGUAUUUGACAUACUGGGGGCCUUGUUUAUCUUGCGGGGUUAUUCUUGUGAAAGAAUAGGAAGAACUGUCGUCAUGGGAAUUUGUACAAUUUAAGAUCCUGUGAGGACUCUCUCUGUGCGCUCGUUGUCCAGUGGAUUGCUUUCUUUGUGUCUCAUUUUAAAGCGGGAUCCUCAAUGAGACACACACUCUGGUUUGUGUGAUUAUUCUGCAAGUCACUCGGCUGUAUUAUGUUCACACGAUUGACUCAUUGUUGUCUCACUGCCUUCUGGUUUAUUUGUUUUGGGGCAUUUGUGACUCCUGAAUGACUUUGUUCAAUCAGUUCUGGAUCGGAUUGGAAUUUAUUUAGAACCAGUGACUGGUUUUCCCAAAAGUCUGCGGUUGUCUUGCGGUGCGUUGUUUCUACGUAGGUUUAAAUAUUCACACAGAAAAGCAGAUCAAUGCAAGGCACAACAACAGAAAAGAAAACGCACCCAGUCAUCACACACUCUCACCUCACCAGUGUUUGAAUUGUCAGGUUUUUAUAUCUCUUUUUGUAUUUUUGUUAUGCUCUUUCGUGGUAUUUUCUUGUUUUAUGGUCCUGAUGUCGAACAGAAUUUUUGCUCUGGGCUGUAUUUUCUGUAAAAGUGCAAACGGCAACACCGUAAAAUGGAAUCAUUUUGUAAGGGAAAAGAAAACGGCUUAUUUAUUAGCAGAAUAAAAACUGAACACAUGCUGCUUUUGUAAUGGGGGAAAAUGGAUCUUUAUGAAGAUUGGUUUGACUGGUGGCAUGUUUUCUUUUGUUUUUUGUCCCACAGUGACCUGACGCUUCAACAGCAUGGAUGCUGUUAAACUGCUUCAAGGUCUGUUGAAGCUGCAGUUUCCAUAGCUUAUUUUGACCUCAAGCCAAAUCCUACAAUUGGUGUCACGGACCCCAACAAAAAAAACUAGAUCUAUUUUUGUGAUUAAUGUUUUUGUUUAAUGUGUAUUAAAGUCACAAAAUACUUUUCUGUCUGAUAAACUUGUUCCCUCUCUCAUUGUUUUGGGGAAAAUGCGAAGUGUUUCUUCCCUUUCAUUAUCAGUGUUAUGGCGUCAUCAAGAGAAAUAAAGGUCGUGGGGCAUGAUGGAA